AGCAUACUAAACGUUAUCCUAAUCUUGAUUAACACAGAAUAUGACGCCGUAUUAUUGGUGGGGUCCCCUAUCAAUGAAAGAGGAGCCUCUGCUAGCUGCUUCCAUCGCUCCCUAGAAUUCACUUUUUUAAGUUUUUAUUACUACUUUCAGAAUUUAGAGCUGAAACCUGAAAAUUGUGAAGUGAAAGCUUUUCGAGAAGAAGGAAGCAGAUCAAAAGAAAACAAAAUUGUUGAAAAGUGGCGUCACAACGUACAAGAGCUCAGUAACAUGCACAAGGGUUCUUGAAAGGUCUGUAACUUUAAUCUCGUUUGCUUGAGGGGGAUCUCUGCUGUGUUUGGCUUCUCAGAAAGUUGAAGAUGUAGAAAAACAGAGGAAGCUUCAACUUCAAGUAUAGCUCAUUAACUGCACUGAGGAUCCUUCAAUCUCUUUCAAGCUUCGUGUUUAAAAUUCAGCGAUUCGGGCAAUUUAUGCAGUAGAAUUAUGUAAUAUGGGAAACCGGAGAUUUCUCUUUCUGUUGGGAACAAUGGCUGUUAAUUUCUUACUGUUUCAGUCAAUACUUGUUCCAUAUGGAAAUGGAAACUCUCCUUGGUCUUUAGGGCCAGAAAACUAUGCUCAUGUACAUGAUAAUGUUAGUGAUCUAGUCUCCGAGAUCAGCAACAACGGUGGUGUUUUUGAACUUAGGGCAGAUACAAAUAGUGUUCACAGUUUUCCUGAUAAGAAGGGUGAAGUUAAGAAUUACAGCCUGGAGUUGGUCAGUGUAGGUUCCAAUGAAAGGUCCAUAGCAGUUUUGACCAAGAACAGUAAGAAUGGUUUUCCAUUGAAGCAAAUUUUGGAGUCAAAAGGGGGAAUAUCUACAGUUUCUCAAUUGCUGAAAAAUGAAAAAAUGGAUAGCUCAGACAGUACACCUUCAUAUGGUAAUCUGACCUUUCUUGAAAAUUCUCGCCCAAGAAAUGAUUUGUUUGCUUCGGAUAAUAGUACUGCAGCAAAUAUUCCUAGGACAAAGAAGAUGAGGUGCAACAUGCCGCCCAAAUCAAGAACAUUAAUACAGGAGAUGAACCGUAUACUAAUACGCCGCCGUGCUAAAUCUCGUGCAAUGAAACCACGGUGGUCUUCCAAACUUGACCUGGAAGUCCUUGCUGCAAGGUUCGAGAUUGAGCAUGCUCCGAUAGUAACACAGGACAAAGAGCUUUAUGCUCCUCUCUUUCGCAAUGUUUCUAUGUUCAAAAGGAGCUAUGAACUCAUGGAACGCACACUUAAGGUUUACAUAUACAAGGAUGGAAACAAGCCCAUCUUUCAUCAACCUAUUCUUAAGGGACUAUAUGCUGCUGAAGGCUGGUUUAUGAAACUGAUGGAGGAAAAUAAGCAAUUUGUUGUGAAGGAUCCUGCAAAGGCACACCUGUUUUAUAUGCCAUUUAGUGCGCGAAUGUUAGAGUUCUCCCUUUAUGUACGCAACUCGCAUAAUCGGACAAAUCUUCGAAGGUUCUUGAAGGAUUAUACGGAUAACAUUUCUGCAAAAUAUCGUUACUUUAACAGAACUGGUGGUGCUGACCAUUUUCUUGUUGCUUGCCAUGAUUGGGCUCCAUAUGAAACAAGGCACCACAUGGAAUACUGCAUAAAAGCCCUCUGCAAUUCUGAUGUAACUCAAGGCUUCAAAAUAGGAAGGGACGUUGCUCUUCCGGAAACUUAUGUCCGAUCAGUUAAAAAUCCUCAGAGAGAUCUUGGAGGAAAGCCUCCUCAAGAAAGGCACAUUCUUGCAUUCUACGCCGGAAACAUGCACGGUUAUUUGCGCCAAAUACUGCUAAAGCACUGGAAGGACAAAGACCCUGACAUGAAGAUAUUCGGCCCAAUGCCACACGGUGUUGCCAGCAAGAUGAGUUACAUUCAGCACAUGAAGAGCAGCAAAUACUGCAUAUGCCCAAAGGGGUAUGAGGUCAACAGUCCCCGUGUGGUUGAGGCCAUAUUCUAUGAGUGUGUGCCUGUCAUUAUAUCAGACAACUUUGUGCCACCUUUUUUUGAGGUUUUAGAUUGGGAUGCAUUCUCAUUAAUCCUUGCAGAGAAAGACAUUCCAAACUUGAAGAACAUACUUGUUUCAGUUCCUGAAGAAAAGUAUGUCAAAUUGCAACUUGGGAUCAGAAGGGUUCAGAAACAUUUUUUGUGGCAUACAAAGCCCUUGAAGUAUGACCUAUUCCACAUGACACUCCAUUCAAUUUGGUAUAACAGAGUGUUUCAAAUAAACGUGAGACGAUGAAUGAUGAUUCAUAUCAGAUCAGCCCUUUGAAUUGGAAGUAGAGGCCCUCAUGGGCAUUUUGCUGAAGAGCUUAUUUCAAAAAAAGAUAAAAAAAAGAGACAUUUUCUAGAGAAUGUGGAGGUAUAUAUAUUAGUGAAAACUUGGAAUCUAUAUUCAGCCUUAGUUUGUUCUGCA